AUGUCCCCGAACCAGAGCGAGUCCGAGUCCUCGGCGCCAGUCUACCUCGGCGCCGGCAACGCCGAGAAGGGCGCCGCGGGCCACAUCGAGCGGCACAUCACCCCCGGCGGCCACCCCGUCGACUACUCGCAGCCCGGUAUCCCCGUCGAGCACAGGAAGUACGGCAACCCCAUCCCGCUCGGUCUGAUCACGUUUGCCGUCGACUUCUUCCUCGUCGGGUUGUAUGUGCUCGGUGCCCGCGACGUCCAGUCCACCGCCAUCGUCAUCCCCGUGCUCAUGCUGCUCGGAGGCAUCUCGCAGACGUUUGUCGGCUGGUUUGAGAUGUUCAUCGGCAACACGUACUCUGCGACCAUCUUCGGCACGUUUGGCGGCUUCAACAUGUGCUACGCGGCCAUCUACAUCCCGUCGUUUGGCGUGCUCGACGCGUUCAAGGACGCCAACGGCAAGCUCGGCGACUCGUUCAACCAGGCCAUGGGCAUCUUCUUUGUCGUCUGGUCGAUCGUCGGCUUCUUCUUCGUCCUCGCGUCGUUCCGCUCGUCGGUCGCCAUCCUCUCCACCCUCACCUUCACGACCCUCACGUUCGUCUGCCUCGCCAUCUUCAACAUGACUGGCACCAAGGGCUCGCAGUACGCUUCCGGCGCCAUGGCGUGCAUUGCUGCGUGGUGCGGCUUCUGGGCCGCGCUCGCAGGCUACUGGUCCCCCGACACGACGUACGACUUUAUCCGCCUCCCGCCCAUCUCGCUCGCCAAGGAGGACUAA